AUGACUUUCCGAGGAGCUGUUUUUAUCACCUGUAUUUUAGGACAUUAUUACUUAAUUUCAGGUGAGUUUUAAUGAUCUUUGUUUUGAAAAGGAGUCAAAUUACCCGAAAAAAUGUGCACGUAAGCUAAAUUAGUAAGAGCAUGUGCUCCUCAUUUCAUGCCUGAUCAUGCUGAACGAGGUGACCGUAUAAAUUGGCUCUGUGUAAGUACAUAGUCGGGCUCUGAAUAGCUCCAAUUGAUUGUUCCUUUAAAUAAAUAUUCUGUGGGGUUUCCCCGGACUCGCGAUAAAGUUUUUUUUUCCUUGUCACAUUAUACCUAAGAUCAUAGAAAAGUAAGAUCGUUUGUCUCACGAUUUAGUCGCUUCCGGUGAAGAUAGCGACGUGUCGACUGCUUACAGGUAGUCUUCUGAGGGUAAUGAGUUCGUUAUCUAGAGAAAAACGUCAAGUGCCUUAUUUUUAUAGACUCUGUUGAGCCAUCGUUAUAAAAUAAGCCUCUCCUUCCCUUUUCCCUGAUAGAAAAAGAAAGAGAAUCCAUCAUAUGACUAUCAUUAUGCUAUGAUAAUGAUUACAUACAUUUAGGCUUUUUUCAUCAAAGAAAUGCGUACUUUAUUAGGUGUUUUGUAAUUCUCAUUGUGACUCUGAAUGAGCUCUGAUUAGCCCUCUCCUCAGCCACCCUCUUUAGUGAGCCACCAGACUGGAGGGCUCCGAAAUUAGCCAUGAGGUUCCUCGAGGGCUCAUUAGACGGUUGUGGAAUAAUUUUACCUUGCCAUGAUGAACAACCACAGCAUUGUUUACGAAAAACCUGAUCUAGGUACUGUCAGCACUUUAUUUGUAAAGUUCCAAUAAAUUUAGUGUUUUCAGCUCUCUUGCACACAAUAAAAAAAACUUGUAAAAAAAGAUGUAAUUUCCGAAACAGUAAACGAUUUUAAUAGAAAAUAGAUGUUAGCCCAAAAGAAAACAUCGAAACGUGUGGGGUCGAGCCCUAACCGCGGUUAUUGUGUUGUGUUCAUGCGCCUAACACUUACUCAGUGUUAGUAUCUCUCCCCGCUCAGGAGUAUUUCGAUGGGUAAUGAAAAUCUGUCAGAGAAACCCAGCUCAAAAGAGGCUGAGGGAGACACCUUUAAUGGACUGGCGUCCCUUCUAUUAGAAGCCUGGGCCAGGCUGCUUAAAGCCGUGUUUAGAUCAACCCAGGGUUAGUGUGAAAUCUGAUUUCAGAUUUGAAAGCUUUAAUAGAAAACUCACUAUCAUUCCUUUUAUCUAUAACUUGAUGAUUGAAUACUCUAAAAAGGAUAGAGAAAAUUGUCCAAAAGGGGCUUUUGAACAAAGGAAUAAAGAAACCCGGAUUAAAAUUUAACCCAGGGAAAGCGCUAAUCGGUCUUCGGACAACUGCACCCUGGCCCCUUAAUGCUGCAACGGAAACCUGGAUUUGCUCCUGUCUUUUGAGACAAUAGGCCAGAGAGCUCCUUUGACCUGAUAAUUAGAUCAUACUUAUUCAUAACUCCCGUAGUAUUCCUGUCAACAGAAAAGGGGAGCCAGAUUUUUGAAUGCAGAAAGAUAGCGAUCCUCUUCUUAUCAAAUAAAUACGUUACUGCGCCUUUCAAUAACACACAAACUAUGGGGUUUCGAGCUCACCUACAUUUCAUUCCAUUCUCCGAUCAAUCUUUUAUAUAACGGAAAUCAUGGGGCAGAAAGAGAUAAACACAUGAACAUAACCUUACCAGUGUAUUUGUUUUCUAAGAGGACUGAAAAUUUAUUGACGGCAGCGUUAGACGUAUUUUCAGUGAUGCAUCUCUACAUCGAUUGUCCAUAUUGCAACUGAAAUGUCCUUCCUCAAAAUGAUUAAUUUGUACCACAGUAACAGACUUCCUACCAUAAACUUUCUUUUAAGAUUGGGAAAGGAAUGCGUAAGUUCAACAAAUUUAUGUUCCGCCUUUUUUUUAAUCUUUGCGCCCUUACCAAGUCUAUCUCACAAAGCACAGCGAGCCGCUCUUGUGUCAAUGAAACUAAAAGUUUCGCAUUCUUUCCCUUACAUUUUUCUUAAAUCAGGUGUUACUGCUCUGAAGCCCAAGAUCUCGGUGGUCGAUAAGGCUGUUGUUGCAAGAAAAGGUUCCACAGUAACCUUGAUGUGCUCUGCCACGAGGGUUAGAAAACUUACAACCUCAAGCUCUUGGAAGUUCAACAGAUAA